UGGGACAAGGCGGCAAUGUUUGUGAGGAACAAGGAGGAGGAAUAUGAUGUGCGUCGUGGCAGCAACAGCAACACCAGCAGUUUGAAGGAAGAGCAGUGGCAGCAGAGACAGCAAGUUCAAGGAAGGACAGCAGUAGCAGCAGCAGCCACAGCCAUGGAUGACAACGUUGAGGAUUGCCCUGUGUGCUUCACCACCUUUGACGACACCCUCAGGCGGCCACGCACUCUGCCGUGUGGCCAUUCAUUGUGCACGGCAUGCAUUAAUGAACUGAAGGAGCAAGGUGCUGUCAUGUGUCCUACAUGCAGGGUGGAGCACGCCCUGCCCGAGGCCGACCAGUUCCCUAUAAAUUAUGCCGUUGAGGGUCUUAUCAGGAGGUUGAGAAGACUGGCCACUGUGACGCCUAACCCAGGGAAGCAGUCAACAGCACCAGCAGCAGUGACACAACCUGCACCAAGGGCCACAGCGGGACUCAGCAGGAAGACACGGUCCCUGCUGCAGGACCAAGAGGCAAAGGUCCUGGCCGCCAUCCGCUCCUGCCAGGAGGAGCAGAGACAGCUGGCAGACUACCGGACAACCUUGGGUAGGUGGGGCGGCCGUCAGCAGCGGCUGGAGAACGAGCUGCAGACGCUGGUGGACCAGAGCAAGGGUGCCCGGGAGCUGAUAAGCCAAGAGGAGUCCCGCGUGGAGGGCAGGCAGGAGGAGGUGCGGCAGAGAGAGGAGGCACUGCACGCUGCACUGCAGGCGCUGCGCACAGCCGCAACACGCCAGGAAGCUUACAAUGUGAUUGAGGACGCAGACCAUCUGGUGGAGGAGGAAGAGGAAGAGGAGGAGAAGGAGGAGAAUAAAAAAAAAGAAGAGGCAGGCUGUGUUUCCGUAGCGGAGACAUCCCGAGAUGCCCUGCAGGCCGCCGCUGCUGCUGCCGCCGCCACAGAAACGGCCCUCGAAACAGCAGGCACUGAUGCUGCCGCCGCACAAACAGCCCUGGAAACAGCGGACACUGCUGCUGCUGUCAUUGCAGGGGACUCCAGCCUCCCAGCGGACUCUGCCAAGGCCUUCUCCAUUGCAGACAAGUUGCCGGCCCUGAUGGAGCCGACCCUGACGGCCAAGGACUUAGCGAGCCUGACGCAGCGUGCCAAGUGUCUGCUGAAGGCCAACCUUGUAUAUGCCAUCCAUGACGUGGAAGGACAGAGUCAAUUCGCGCGAAUCAGCCUGGAAGACAGCUGCCUGCACCUCCACUCUGUGCAAGCCGAGGCCCCGCCCCCUCCACCCCACGCUGUCAUCCUGCAGAUGGGCGAGGUGGUGCCGGCCGCCCCGCCCUGCAAAGUGUUUCUGGACCUGGAGUGGCCCGGCAGUGCUGCACAGCGGAUAGUGGUGAAUCUGCCCAGAGACAACUCCAGGGCCCACCAGUUCAUGCUGCUGUGCUCGGGUCAACAGGGAGCCAGUUAUGCCAACAGCACGCUGUUUAUGGUGGAGGAUGAGGGACAGCCAGGGGAGUGUGUGGCGGGAGGUGACUAUGAUGGGAAGGGAGGAGCCGCCCUGCUGCCUGACCUUAACCAGGGUAAGUGCUGGAGGUCAGGCAAGGCGGGGGCUGUGUGGUGGUGGGCGUCGGAGCCUACCCAGGGUGGUCAGUUCGGCAUCACCACCCGGGACUAUAGCCCUGAUCAAACAUGGGAUGGUGUGUUUGGUGAGGUGGUGCGUGGCCUGGAGGUGGUGCAGGAGGCAGCCCAUCACCGCCCUAUUACUGAGGUGACUGUGGUGCAGUGUGGCGUGCUGCUGUCUUGCUAGUGAUGCACACCACAACACACCACUUUCUAAUUAUUAUUAUUAUUAUUAUUAUUAUUAUUAUUAUUAUUAUUAUUAUUAUUAUUAUUAUUAUUAUUAUUAUUAUUUUUAUUUUUAUCAUCGUCAUAAUCAUUUAGAGGAAGUAAGGGACACACACACACACACACACACACACACACACACACACACACACACACACACACACACACACA